AUGAGUUGGAGUGGGAUCCUCACAGAGCUUAUGAAGCCAGUGAACUCCGAGAACUUCAGAGAGCUCUUCAGCAGCAAGACCAACUGGUUCGUGGAUGACACCAAUGUGUACCGGGUGAAGAUCCACAAAGCCGUCGACGGAAGCCUGAAGACCGAGAGAAUAAACGGAGCGAUCUUCUUCUUCAACCCGCGAACAGGACAGCUCUUCCUGAAGAUCAUCCCUGCCUCCGUGUGGGCUGGUCAUGAGCCUCAGCGUCUCUCACAGCUGGCAAAGCAGAAGACAGCCGAGGAGGUGGCAGCAUGGAUCCGCUCCUUGCCGGCGGAAGAGCAUCCGAAGCAGAUCAUCGCUACACGUACGGGUACGUUGGAUGCUUUGCGGGUGCAGCUUGUGGAUUUCCCGGACAUUGUGAUCAAGCACUCCGAGAUUUCACUGCGCUUCCAGGCCUGCCUGAGAAUCGAGAAGAUCAGCGAUGUGAUCCCGAAGGCGACCGAGUCUGAGGUGGUGCUCUGCAACCUCUACGACGACUGGCUGAAGUCGAACUCCUCAUACACUGCCUUCAGUCGCAUGGUCUUGAUCUUGGGAGCACUGUACAUCGAUGUGGAUGGCACGCAGGCCAUCCUGCAGCCUGACAAGACGACGGUCGCCCAGCCAGGCCAGGUUUGGCCGAGUCUCACCGACCGUGAGUGGAUCCAGAUUGAGAUGCUGCUCAAGGACGUGAUCCUGGCAGACUACUGCAAGAAGAACUACGUGAAGGUGGCUUCGCUCACCCCGUUUCAGAUUCGCGACAUCAUCCUCGGAAUGGAGAUCGCACCGCCAUCCAUCCAGCGCUCCCCCGACGAGCACGGAACUACUGAGAGCCCGGGAAGCGAAGGAAGCUAA